UCUUUCCCUUCAAUGACACAAAUAUUAUGCAACUUUUUUAUGCUAUGCCUUUGUAAUGUAACGUUUUCUUUGCUCUAAUUUCAAGGAAAAAAAAAGGAAAGCAAAAUGGUGGUGAUUUUUCCCUGAGAAAAAGAAAAUAAAAACGAACUACGGUGGUUACUAUGGUGGUUGCUGGAGGCGGUGACAACGGCGGUGGUGGAGGAAACUGCUGCAUGAAGUGGUGGCAGCAUAACCGUAAUCAUUAUUAUCACCAACACCACUACAAUCAUAAUAGCAAUUCUAGUGGGAAUAGUAACAGUGCUAGUGGUGGCGGUGGCGGCGGUGGUAGGAUGGUAGCAGCGGGGUUCGUAUUUUGUUUGGUUUGCUUUGUUAUAAAUGGGUUGAUCGCUGUUCUAUAUGGGUGGCUGAUUUUAACGCCGCCGGUCAGUUUAAAUGAACGUAAGGGUUUGCCUUGGCUUGGUUGUCAAGAAGAUAAUGAAGGGUCUUGGGCUAUUGGUGUUUUUUUUGGACAGUCGCCAUUCUCUCUCAAACCCAUUGAAACUACUGAAAUAUGGAGAAAUGAGAGUGCAGCAUGGCCGGUAGCUAACCCAGUUAUAACCUGUGCUUCAGCUUCUGAUUCUGGUUUCCCUAGUAAUUUUGUGGCUGAUCCUUUUCUUUAUGUUCAGGGAGAUGUAUUUUACCUAUUUUAUGAAACGAAGAACUCAUUCACCAUGCAAGGGGAUAUAGGAGUCGCAAAAAGUAUCGAUAAGGGAGCAACAUGGCAACAACUGGGCAUAGCCUUGGACGAGGAAUGGCAUCUUUCAUACCCUUAUGUCUUUAACUAUCUUGGCCAAGUAUACAUGAUGCCCGAAAGCAGUCAGAAAGGAGAACUUCGUCUUUAUCGAGUAACAAACUUUCCAUUGGAGUGGGAACUUGAUCGGGUUAUCAUGAAGAAGCCCCUUAUUGAUUCAUUUAUUAUUGAUCACAAUGGAGAGUAUUGGCUUUUUGGCUCAGAACACAACUCUUUUGGAACAACGAAUGGACGGUUGGAAAUUUGGUAUAGCAACUCUCCUCUUGGUCCUUGGAAACCGCACAAGAAGAACCCUAUUUAUAAUACUUACAGAAACUUUGGGGCUCGUAAUGGGGGUCGGCCAUUUAGGUACAAUGGAAAUCUUUAUCGGAUUGGUCAGGACUGUGGUGAAACGUAUGGGCGACGGGUGCGAAUAUUCAAGGUUGAAGUUCUUUCAAGGGUUGAUUACAAGGAAGUUGAAGUCCCGUUUCCCUUUGAAGAGUCCAGUAAGGGACGGAAUGCUUGGAAUGGUGCCCGGUACCAUCAUCUUGAUGUACAGCAGCUAAAGUCUGGUGAAUGGGUUGGGGUUAUGGAUGGUGACCGAGUACCUUCAGGAGACUCAGUCCAUCGUUUUCUUCUUGGAUGUGCUUCAGUUGCAGCGGUUUCUGGCCUCAUUCUGUUCUUAGGUGUCCUACUAGGAGCAGUGAACUGCAUUAUCCCCCUUAACUGGUGUGCUGAUUACUCAGGGAAGAGAAGUGAUACUCUUAUUGCUUGGGAAAGAGCAAAUGUAUUUUCUUCGAAAUUGAGGCGGGUUUUCAGCCGCUUAAAUCGAGUACCUUCAUUUCUGCGAAGCUGGAUAAAGCCAAACACCUUUGCUGGAAGAUCAGUUUUGACACUGAUAUUUGCUUUAGGAGUUGUGCUGUCUUGCACAGGUGUUACAUUCAUCUACGGAGGCAGUGGUGCAGAAGAACCAUACUCAUGGAAGGGUCAGUUUUCUCAGUUUACGUUAUUAACGAUGACUUACGAUGCUCGUCUCUGGAAUUUGAAAAUGUUUGUGAAUCAUUAUUCGAGGUGCGCUUCGGUAAAAGAAAUCCUUGUGGUCUGGAACAAAGGGAUACCGCCUAAGGUGAGUGAUCUCAAUUCAGCAGUGCCUGUUCGGAUCAGGGUUGAGGAUCUGAACUCCCUCAAUAAUAGAUUCAAGGUCGAUCCAUUGAUUAAGACUCGUGCUGUUCUUGAGCUUGAUGAUGAUAUAAUGAUGCCUUGUGAUGAUGUUGAGCGGGGAUUUAUGUUGUGGCGUCAACAUCCCGAUAGGAUUGUGGGAUUCUACCCUCGGUAUGUUGACGGGAGCCGAUUGGAGUAUAGUGGUGAGAAGUAUGCCAGAAAAAAUAAAGGGUAUAAUAUGAUUCUUACAGGGGCUGCUUUCAUGGAUAGUCAAGUAGCCUUUGAACGGUAUUGGAGUGAGCAAGCUAAGCCGGGGAGGGAAGUAGUCGACAAGUAUUUCAACUGCGAGGAUGUGUUAAUGAACUUCUUAUACGCAAAUGCAAGCUCGUCUAAAACCGUUGAAUACGUGAGACCUGCUUGGGCAAUAGAUACGUCAAAACUUUCCAGUGCAGCAAUCAGCCGAGACACAAAUGUGCAUUACAAAAUAAGAAGUGAAUGCCUUAGGAAAUUCAGUGAUAUGUAUGGUAGUAUGAGUGGCCGGCGGUGGGAGUUCGAUUCCCGGAAGGAUCGUUGGGAUGUAUAGAGCAAAAGUAAUAGCUUUGAGAGUGGGUCGUCUGAUGAUUCCAACUUGCUCAUGCUGUCUGGGUAAAUUGGUGUCCCCUUGCACUUCUUCGAGUUGUCCAUCUUUUCUUUGGAGUUGGUUUGGAUUAGUUUGCACAUUGAUGUUCAGGUUUUCUUACAGAAUAGAAAAGGUCUUUGAAUGUUGUAAUGUAACUUGUGAUAAUGGAAUGUUUAAACUGUUUUUAA